CGCUUCAAGACUGACCGAGCUGAAGAGGAAGAAGAGGAAGCAAUUUCCAUCGGAGAUGGCGAGAGGAAGCGCUGCCCUGGUGGUGGUCGCCGUGGCCCUGGCGGCCGUGCUCCUCCUGCUGGUGGCGCCCGCGGCGGAGGCGGCGGGGCAGAAGAAGCCGGCGACGGCGGCGAGGCGGGAGGACGUGCCGUACAUCCGGUGCCAGGUCUGCGAGCGGAUCGCGCGGGAGAUCUCCGCGCAGGUCGCCGCCAAGCAGCAAGCCCUUCCGUCCUCCAAGAAGGUGCCGGAGAUCGAGAUCAUCGACAUCGCGGAGAAUGUGUGCAACCUGAAGAAGCAGGAGGCGGACUGGAUGCUCCGGAUCGACAUCGUCGAGAAGGGCGAUAAGCUCGAGCUUGUGGACCAAGAUGAGGAAGGGCACUGUAACUCGGAAUGCAAGACCAUUGAGCGUGCAUGCCAGGAGGUGAUGGGUUAUGCUGAUACCGAUGUUGCUGAGUUUGUCUACACAAAUAAGCCUUCAGUUGAUCAGCUGAUAAAGUUUGUCUGCAAAGAUAUUACCAAAGCAUGUGCUGCAGAUCCACCACCAGUUCCAAAAGACCGGGUCCCUGGAGAACCCUUUGCAGCAAAGCCCUCAAAGGAUGCUGAGAUGGAGAAGAUAAUGAGAUCAAUGGAGGGCAUGCCAGGAGCCCCAAACAUGAAGAUGUACUCCAGAGACGAUCUGAUGAAGAACAACUUUGGCGUUGAAGGUGAUGAGGAUGAUGAAGAUGACGAUGAAGACGAGGAUAGCUUACCCAAGAACUUGGGAAACAUUCUGAAAAACAAGGGUCCGCAAAAGAAAGACCUGAAGCAACAGGUGGUGAAACAGAUCAAGGAUACCGGCAAGAAACUGAAAGGGCAUGUGAGCAAGGUGUCCAAGGCGGUGAAGAAUUGGUGGAAGGGGAAGAAGAAGCCUGCAAAGUCCAGCAAAAGCGAGCUAUGAAGAACAUACAGCAUCCUCAAAUUGGUUCGGCGCGUCAACCUUCUGUGCAGAACUGGGGUAGAGAACAGCUGCAUAAACGUGCACGAUGAUUUUUUAAGGGACUUUUGGUGUACACUAGUAGAAAGAAGUGGACUCCACUCUGGAGCUCAAAGGGAGGUAGUUUUACGUGGUUGUUCAGGCUCCAGUUGAUUUUUGGUGUAUGUGGUACUCUGUAAAUGAGCGGACAAACUCUCUAAAUGGGCGACCGUGCUAUUUAACGUGCA